AUGGUGAACAAUGUGCUGAUUUUGUUUCUUAUAUGCGCACUGGCAAUGCUAUUAAGCGUCUAUGCUCAAAAUGGCACUACUAUAUUCUGUCAGCACAAUGGUCCUAUUUUCAGCUGUCCUCAAGUCACAUGUACACCAGUUGGAGUAGCUCGAAGAGGCUUCACUUACCCUUCCCAGUGUUAUGUCAUUCGGAUACCAAAUCCAAAUAUUCCCGGUGAAAGCCCGCAAUGGUUCCGCCUGAACGUGACGUCAAACAAAACCGGUUAUGUCAAUGAAUUUUUCUGCGCAGGCGAUGUCCCUCGUUGCAGACGUAACCAGGAUCCUAACUAA